UGUCUCACUUCACCGCGGCUUUUCUAGCUAUCUUAGCUUAGCCUGCUCUGCUGAGAGGGGUGUCAGGCUCGUAGCGAUGCCUUGAUCAGGAUGAUAUCGCAGAGGGAAAGAGGGGAGCUUGCUCGCUUCUACACCGUUACAGACCCCAAAAAGCACAAGAAGGGCUACACCGUUUAUAAAGUCACAGCCCGGAUCAUCUCACGGAAGAACCCGGAAGACAUUCAGGAGGUGAGGACCUCUCAGUUUGUCCCCUACCGAAUGUUUGUUGGGAAGGCAGCCCGCGAGACUCUGAAGAUAACCGUCUGGAAGAGGUACAGCGACUUCAGGAAGCUCCACAGAGACCUCUGGCAGAUCCACCGCAAUGUUUACAGGCAGCCGGAGCUAUUCCCGCCAUUCGCCAAGGCCAAAGUCUUCGGUCGGUUUGACGAGUCUGUGAUAGAGGAGAGAAGACAAUGUUCGGAGGACUUGCUCCAGUUUAGUGCCAAUAUUCCGGCUCUCUACGGCAGCCAGCACAUACAGGACUUCUUUAAGGACGGCGAGGUGCAGGACGGAUCGGAGCUCAUUGGCCCAGCGGAGCCGUUCUCAGACUUCUUGGCUGACAGCCUCUCAGACAGUAGCUCUGACGUUCUUAAGGACAUCGGUGGAGUGGAGGAUCUCACGGGGCUCGCUCAGCCAGAGCAUGGAGGUCCGCCCAGCGACGGCAACUUGAGCUCCCCGUGGCCCCACGGAGACCCCCUGGCCCACCCGGAUGAUGGAAUGGCCUCGGGCGGUGGGUGGGACGCAGGGGCGGAGCUGGAGCCCGGCAGGGCGGGGCUGUUCCCCACCCGUCUGCGCACGGCUGACUACCUGGAGCAGGCCAGCCAACAGAUUGGCCUGGCGCUGCAGAAGGAGGCGGAGGAGGACUUCUCCUCCGCCCUGGAGUACUACCGCAGCGGAGUGGAUCUGCUGCUGCAGGGAGUCCAAGGUGAGGUGAACCCGAGCAGGAGGGAAGCUGUGAAGAGGAGAACGUUCGAGUAUCUUACGCGUGCUGAGCUCAUCUCCAGCACCCACCUGAAGGACGCCGGGGGGCAAAGCGCCGCCCACAAUCAGACCCUGGCUGCUCAGUGCUGUAAGGGGUCAUGGGGUCAGCAGAGUCAGGCCGACGAACUGCACAAUUACAGGGUGUUGGGGGUCAUUGACAAGGUGUUGCUGGUCAUCGACAAGAGGACUCAGGAGACCCUCGUCCUCAAGGGCUUGAGGAAGAGUAGCGAGUGCGGGGGUGUGAAGAAGACCAUCGUCCCCCGUGCCAUACCCAACAUGGUGCGGCUCAGGAAGUUCAUCGUCUCAGACGACUCCAUCUUCCUGUUGCUGGAGUACGUUGAGGGAGGUAAACUAUGGUCUCACAUCACCAAGUACCUGCGCAGCAGCAGUCCUGACGACAGCUUCGACAUCCCCUUCAUGCAGACCACCCAGGUGGCCGCCAAGCCCCAGACGGGGCCCCUGGACGACGGCACGGACCCCCACCCGGCAGGGGGCGCCACCCUCGCCGUCCCGCCCCCGCUCGAGGCGCGAGGGGCCCCGCUGUCGGACUCCGCGGACACGUCGGAGGACGAGUGCACCGACAGCUACCUGACGCUGUGCAACGAAUACGAGCAAGAAAAGGCGGAGCCCGUCGCACUGGGCGAGGAAGAGGCGGAGGAAGACCCCCACGGGCCGGGGGGAGGGGCGCUCCGCUCCCCGAUCACGGCCCAGGAGCUGUGCCUUUUCGCCGAGGGGGCGGAGCCCGCAGCGCUGGGGUCGGAGGCCGUGGAUGCGACGGAAGACCCGCCGGAAGUGGGGGAGGUCGCGGAGGUCGCGGAGGUCGAAGGUCGCGCGACCGACCUCUGGCGGUUCGACGGCGACCGGGGUUCCAACGAGUCCGUGCCGGUGAUCUCUUUUAAAGAAGCCACUGCAGAAGACGAGGGACGACCCCCUGACCUCUUGGUCAACCUGCCCGGGGUCGGAGGGGUGGCUGGGGUCACCGUGGACGCCUUGAAGGAGGAGCUCGCGGCUGCGGGCGUGGCCUUCGCCGCGGAAGCCACGCCUUCGCCUAAAUUCGGCAAACCGGAUGUCCUACAGCUGGGAGAGGAGGUGGGGCUGGACCUGUCAGUCGAGGGAGACAUCCCCGCCGCCCCCGCGUCCUUCGACCAAUCGGGCGUCAAGGUGCCGAAAGGUCGCGCCCCUCCUGCCCGCAGCGAAACAGGCUCCGCCUCCAUUUCCAGCCUGCCCGCUCCGCUCCUGGCAGACUCGGACCCGGCGCUGUGGGCCGAGCCCCAUCCCGGCGCAGGGUCGGAGGUCGCGGGGGGCCGGGGGCGGAGCGUGGCGGAGCUGUUCCGGGAGCUGGACGUCCUGGCCGAGGUGGCCAUGCACACACGCAUUCCCGAGACGCUGGUGAGGACCUGGGCCAUGGACAUCCUGCUCACACUCGACGCCCUGCACCAGGAGGGCAUCGUCUGUAAAGACCUGAACCCCAGAAACCUACUGCUGGACCACAGAGGUCACGUGGAGUUGACUUAUUUCUGUAGCUGGUCUGAAGUGGAGGAGUCAUGCGAUCCCAAUGCUGUUGCUAAGAUGUACUGUGCGCCAGAGGUGGGCGGGAUUUCAGAGGAGACGGCUGCGUGUGAUUGGUGGAGCCUUGGAGCUCUUCUCUUCGAGCUGCUGACGGGAAAGUGUCUCCACCAGUGCCACCCCGGGGGCAUCAGCAAGCACACCGCCCUGAACGUGCCCGAGUUCCUGUCGGAGGAGGCGCGCUCUCUGCUCGAGCAGUUGUUGCAGUAUAACCCAGCAGAGAGAUUGGGGACAGGCGGCGCAGGGGUGGAGGACAUCAAGUCGCACCCUUUUUUCGCUCUAGUCAACUGGCCAAAAUAACCGUGCCCGUGCAGGUCGAAGGCGAAAGGUCACCUAUCCAACUGACGGAUCCAAACGCUGCCUUGUCGUGAACGUGUGUGUCGUUGCACGUCAACGUGUGGAUCGAUCUAUCCUGUCUGAUUGUGUUCUAAAGACUGUAUCAUAUAUCCAGACCUAACCCCCUGAUGACAGACGUGUGUGUGUGUGUGUGUGUGACCCCCAUGAAGACAGUCGGCAGCUGCUUUCUAGAACAUUCUGCCGAAGAACUCUAAAGCCAAAACGAACACCUUAAACAAAUCAUCCCAUCACCAUUUUUUUGCGCCUGGCCCCCUCCACCUUGACGCACACUGCGUUGCUACGUUUGCCAGCAGAUCAACCACUCCACCCCCACCCCCGAGAAUGUGAUGUAAACGACUGGCGCCAUCUUCAUCGGGAAUACAUGCCUUCCACUUCUCAUAAACACCCCUCCAAGUUCAGGCCAGUGGGUGGGGUCAUGCCAGUGGGUGGGGUCAUGCGUGUGGGUGGGGUCAUGCCUUAUUUUUAAACACUCUUCUAGCUUCUGUGCAAUAUGACAUUUAAGACGUUGGCAGGUUUCAUAGGGUGGUAUUACUGUAAUGUACUUUUUGUUGUUGUUGUUGUUGUUGUUGUUGUUGUUGUUUUGGGGAUUCAAACAAGGCGCCAGUCAAAGUCCAGCGUCUGGAACCAGAUGAGGACUUGGGGUAAGGCUGACCCUAACCCAACAGUCAAGAGGCGCGCGUGUGUGUGUGUGUGUGUGUGUGUGUGUGUGUGUGUGUGUGUGUGUGUGUGUGUGAGAGAGAAUCCUUCACAUUUACUCAAGUCUGGUAAGAUUGUGCGAAUGUGUGUGUAUACAAAGGCCAAAACAGGAAAACACUGUCAAAUGGAAAAAUAAUCACGGCCUUAUCAUUUUUUUUUUUUGUCAAAGUGUGCAGAGAUGAGCAGUUUACCAGUACAUUAUGAACAUCAGUCAUGUCUGUAACAGUGUGUUUUGUUUACGGGCACGCGCGUGCUGCCCGAGCAUUGCGCGUGAGACAAAGGCCACGUGCGUCUGCCGUGUUGGGCGUUUCUUCUGGUUCCAGCUCACGGCAGCGAUAUUUUACUGUUUACUGGAGAUCCCUGGUAUCCUAACUCGAAUAACUCUAACUCAGACUAACUCAAACUCAGAUGCACUCUAAUGACUAGACGACUCUGACUCUGUUUGGCCACUACAAGCAGAGACGUCAACGGUCUUCCUGAAACACUCUGUGUUUCUUCAUUAAUCUUCAUUAAUCACCAUAAUGUUUUGGAUAAAGACCCCCCCCCCCGAACAUGAAGAAAAUGGUGUGUUUACUGGUGUUUCAAGAUCAGUGGAGACUGCUGGAGCUCCGUUUCUUAGCCAUAAUCCUGCGUGAGGCUGAGCCUUCCUGCUCCACCUGCGUGUGAGAGCCCUUCACGCAACCGUCAACCUCAUUUAAAUAAACACCCUCAAUGAACAUUCA